AUGAGUUUAGCCUCGAUCGUGAUCAAUUUGUGUGUAGUGAAAGCGAAGGUUGUUCCGCUUUACAACGAAGGUUGUUCCGUUGUGUCACGAUCGAGUGCGCGAGUUUCGGUGUUUACUUGCUCGCCGGAUAGGGUAAGCUGCGCUAUUGGCUACCCCCGGCUAAGUGUCAAGGAGGGAAAAACACCGCCCGCCGACGACUGCUGCAUUAGCAGCUUGGAAGCAACACCAGACGACCACAAUUGGAAAUCUUCACCACCGCAGCUAGAGGAAGGACGAAUAAACGCGAUAAGUCUUUCUGUUUUAUUUAUUCCUGGCGUUCCCGAGAUUGAUCUGCAGACCGAUCUGGACGAAAGACGUGAGACGAACGAAAUUGAAGAGCCAGAAGAACCGGAAGUACCUGCUCCACCACUGGCGCCCACAUUAAACCAAACCGUGGUGGAAAAGCUACUCCUGGACUUUCUGAAAGAACGAUGUCCGUCACUUCCGAUUAAGAACACGGAACCAGCUUUACCAGUCAUUCAGUCCCAGGCCCCACAACACCAUGUGAAUGGAAGGUCUAGUCCGACAGGUGGGCGUUUUCCUUUGCCCAAUCAUACGGGUAAUGAAAUACCAUCCUGCUCGGGCUACCAUUACAAUCGUCGACCACAGCGUGUUUCCGAUUGGAAAAUCGAGAAAUACGCUGGGACAGAUGAUGGGCUAGGACUGAAUGAAUUUCUGGACUCCGUUGAAAAUUAUGCUCAGUGCGAGCAAAUUUCAGAGGAGAAGCUGUUCAAUUCUGCAAUGCACCUACUCACUGACAAUGCUCUUACUUGGUAUCGGGCUAUGAGAUCGCAGAACAGGCUUUACAACUGGAACCAUUUGGUUUGUGAGCUUAAGGCAAAUUUCGUUCAUCCGGAACUUGACGCCGCUCUCAAUUCAAAGGUUUCCCAGCGCCUGCAGAUGCGAAACGAGUGUUUCCUGGACUAUUUCCAGGAAAUGGAAAAAAUAUUUCGUGCUAUGACGGUUCCCAUGACACCGAGCGAAAAACUCGACGUGCUCAAGCGGAACCUCAGGCCGGACUAUAAGCAAAUACUAAUUUCGAAGCCAGUGAGUACGCUUGCAGAAUUGAUGACUUUAGGUAAAUCGAUUGAUGCGUAUAAAACACCGAUUUACCGAAAAGUGUUCGGUUCUCAAAAGGAAGUCGCUGCUUAUUCGGAUAGUUUUGCUUCCAAAAGGCCGUCUGAAAACACGAAGAAAAAGCCAGGUGCUCAGACGGAAAAGAAUCUUGUCGAGAGAAAUUCGAAACCGGAAUCCGAACAAAAGCCGGUGAUUUGUCUCGACUAUCUGGUGGAACAGCAUCGACCUCCUAGUCUCGGAGUCUGUUACAACUGCGGUGGGUUUCGAUGUCUUUCGCUGUCCCUACUGCUUGAAAAACGGGAUUCGUACCAACUAAAGUCGCAGUUGUGUAAGGAUGUGCGCCCCAUAGAAAGCCUAAAAUUAGACCCCCAAAUUUACAACAGUUUUCGACCAGCUCAUGAUGAGGAUUAUCGUGAUCCGUUGUUUGUUGAAACCAUCAUCCUCGAUGAUCCGUCGGAUAAUCGUCCUUUCGUUUUUGUCGCAGUAUAUGGCCAUUCCUUCAAGGCUUUGCUCAACAGUGGUAGUAAUGCCACCAUUAUCACUAAAAAGUUGUACCGAAAGUUUUCCAAAAGUCCAUUGAAAGGUUUGGAAAGGCCAGUUGAACUUCGUUCGGCAAACGGACAGACCUUACCGAUCCUUGGACAAAUAUAUCUUCCGUACACUUUCCAAAACAAGACAAAGGUUAUUUGCACCCUUGUAGUGGAGCAAUUAACAGUUUCUUCAAUACUCGGUAUGGACUUUUGGCGCGCCUUUGGAAUAACACCCGAGUUGCAAACUUGUGCUCUGUUGAACUCAGGUUCGGAGCGGGACGAAGAAGUAGAGAUUGAUGCUCCGAGUGAGUCUAUACUUACUCCGGAGCAGAUUGCCUGUAUCGAACAGGUUACGACCUGUUUCCAGGCGGUAGUGCCCGGAAAAUUGAAUACGACCUCGCUAACAGAGCACAGGAUCGUAAUUAAGGAAGAAUUCCAUAGUGCCGCGCCUGUUUGCCGAUAUCCCUAUAAAAUGAGCCCAAGAAAACUGUCUAAAGUCUGGGAAGAAGUCGACCGUUGGCGAUCUAUGGGUAUUAUUGAAGAGCCAGAUUCCGAUUGGUCUUUGAAUAUUGUCGCUGUGACCAAACCAGACGGCUCUAUUCGGCUUUGUCUAGAUGCCCGGCCUCUUAAUGAGCGUACAGUACGUGAUGCAUACCCUCUGCCGCAUCCCGGGCGCAUUUUAGGAAGCCUGCCUAAAGCCAAGUACCUGUCUACUACAGACUUAAAGGAGGCUUUUCUCCAGGUUCCUUUGGCUAAGGGCAGUCGUAAGUUUACUGCUUUCAGUGUGCCCGGCAGGGGUAUGUUCCAAUUUACUCGUCUACCCUUCGGUCUCGUUAACAGCCCUGCCACUUUGGCACGUUUGAUGGACCAGGUGUUAGGACGAGGAAAACUGGAACCGUACGUCUUCGUUUACCUCGAUGAUAUCAUCGUGGUAAGCGAAACGUUCGAGCAUCACCUACAAUUACUCAAAGAGGUGGCCAAAUGUCUAGCCAAAGCCAAUCUGACGAUAAACCUGGCUAAAUCCCCCGAUACUCGAUUACGAGCGGCCGGUGACGGUUACUAA